GUACCAUGCAGCUUCAAGCUUGGUUUUUCCUUCAGCUGUGUGCCCGAUUGCUACGAUGCUAAAUAUGUUUCUCUCUAAGUAUGAACCCUUUGCAGUUGCAUCCUGCACUGUGGCGAGGUACCAACUUGACGCAAACUCUCUUUCCAGGUGACUUCACUCAGCCCCGCGAUGGAGGAGGCGGCGGCGGCGGCCAUCUUGGCAAUUGCAGUUUCCAGCGAGAAGCCGAGUCACCAUGAAGGGAUGCUGCUUUGGAAUAUGAACUGGAAAUGGUAUUGCUUUUUCAGAAAAGCACUGAGCAACUCCAAAACACAUUAGUUGUUAUUCCAAAGCAUAUGGUGCAUAUGAAAAAGUGGACAAAUAUCAUGGCCUCCAGACGAAACCACAUUGGGACAUGUUAAAGCAUGAACUUACUCAUCCCGAGAACAACCUAAUUCAAAAGAAAGAUUCCAUCCCUCAAAUAAAAAGCUAAUCCAAAAGUAAAUGAGGAACUGAGUGAAAGAUUGCCUGAAUUCCAAGAAGCGCUGCUGCUGAGAACUGGAAAAGGAAGACUUCAUUGGAGGGUUUCCAUAAUGAACUUGAUGAAAUAGUGGCUAGGUCUGAAAACCUGAAGAAAGAAGUAAAGUCGAAAAAAAAUCAAAAUAAAUCCAUGCAAAUGGAAGGGUGGUCAGAAGAUUACAAGGAUGAAGCUCAGGAUCUCAAUGAAAAAGGGAAGCAGGAUAAAACUGUAACAGAUGCCUGUGGUCUAGCCCUCAACAAUCCCAAUAACAGUAAGCAGAAACCAGAUAUGUUUACAUGUGCAUUGCCUCAGGGUAUGGCAGCUGAACGUAGACUUCUGCCAAAACCUCAUCCUGGAACAGUGCAUGAUUUCACUAAUUGUGCCGAAAGCAGCUUUAAUACAUUGCAGGUAAAUGCUCACUCCUAUUCUGAUGAGAAGUCACAGGAGGUCCAACCUUUUCUAAAUUCCACUAAGAAACAAGUUGAUCUGGGAAUUGACUCCUUUGAUACAGCACAGUGGCGCUACAACAUUCCUAGAAAUUCCAGUAUUUAUUUAGAAAGUGGUGAAUGUAGCAAUCCCAACCAUGAAAGAGACACUGCUGUCCUGGUGCCAGGAUCCGGCAAGAUGACAACCACAUCAUUUUCCUAUGCACAACACAGCCAAAGAAUGGAUUCAGGAUUGCAGGUGGAUAUUCAAAGUAAGAAAGAAGAAAACAAUAUCAGGACUGAAAACCGAGGUAGAAAUGCACCAGGUGACCCUUUAACCUCAGGUCAAGUUACCAAACUCUCCGAUGAUAACAGGAGAAUAGCAUUCCUGUUGAAAGAGCUGGGCGGUAUGAGUGAAUAUAAUAAAAAGCUUAAGUUGAAAUUGGCAGAAAAAGAGAGAGAAUUUGAAACCCUGAAAAUGGAAAUGGAUUUGCAAGAAAAUGCAGCAGAUGCCAAAAUAGCAGAAAAGGCUGCAGUUCUAGUUGAAGAAAUCUAUCACGCACAAAAGGAACGUGAUGCAGCUGUUUUGUCUAGACUGAGGUUGGCCAAUGAGGAGAGAGACGAAGCACUUCUCCGAUCUAAACGGCUAGAACAGACCAUUGCAGGGCUGGAAAAUAUUAACCCUGAAGAAAAUGACAUGACAUUGCAGGAAUUAUUGAACCGAAUCAACUAUGCAGAUACAGGAAGAGCAGUUGAGAAGAAUGGAGUUGUAAUUGUGGAUCGAAUACACAAGACCAGGGAGCGAAAGAAGAAAAUAACCGCUGAAGAAAUGAAUGCAGUUAUUGAAGAGAGGGAUUCUGCUCUAGCAAGAUGUAAAUGGCUGGAACAGGAUCUUCAUCAUCUGAAAGAGCAGAAUCAGACAAUGGCAAACAACACGAGACAGCUGACUGCUGAAAACAAUCAGGAACGUGCCCUGAAGACCCAACUUCUAGCAACACAGAGAGAAAGAGAUGCUGCAUUGCAGCGGUGUAAGAAGCAAGAAGAAGAAAUUCAAAUGCUCCAGGUUUAUUACAGUUUACACAAGUCUUUAUCUCAAGAGGCAAGUCUAACAGAGCAGUUCAACUUUACUGUAAACAGUUACGAAGAUGCUUUACGUGCCAGUGAGGGCAUAACAUCAGUUGCACAUCGCCAAACUGAAGAUCUGGCAGGCCAGCUGCAAUUGGCCAUUGCUGAACGAGCAGACUUGGAGAAUAAACUACAAAAAGCCUUGGAAGCCAAAACUGAAGUCAACGAAAGAGUUCAGAAGUUGGAACGGCUGGUGGACGUCCUGAGGAAGAAGGUUGGAGCAGGGAACAUCAGGACGGUGACCUGAUUGAGCGGCAGAGUCUGGAAAUGUAGUCACAUCUGGUGACCAGGCCACUCUAUUCAUCACUGUACAAAUAAAAAGCUUCAUCUUAACAAAUAGUUGUUGUAACCAGCACACUCAAACGACAUUCCAAGGAAAAAGAAAACCAAAAUGUAAUUGUUUUAAGUCUGGAAACUUUAAGGUAUUUUAAGUUAACAAAGUUGUAGACUUGCACACCAGACACUUUCAGAUGUACAACUUUUCCAGGAAUUUGUAAGAUGUGUGUCUAUAAGUAGUUUCAUAUGUUUCAUGUAGUCAGUUAUAUGCUUGGCAAAAAAUCAAUAGAGCUGUUACCUUCUUUUGAAAAAGAUGACUUAGCAUGCCAUUGAAAGGUCAUAACAUGUACAUGCUGCACUUGCUUGCAGCUGCAAAACACAACUUGUAUUCUUAGCAAUUUCUACAGGUUAAUGAAAAUUAUAUUUUUACAUUUUUAACCGAAUUAGAAGAGUAAAGAAAAUGGUUCUUAAAUUUAUGUUAACAUUCUGUGUGAUGUAUUUUUAUACUCUUGGCUCCUUAUUUCUUGAAAUGUCUUUUUGAUGUUUAAAUACAAUAUGGCAGUGGUAGCACAGUAUUAGAACUAGGAUAUUGCACACAUUUGUUAUAGCCUUACACUUGUUUUGUUUUCAGUUUCUUCAGAACUUAUUGUGAAAAUCACUGAACUGGUUAAAUAAAAAGCUGCUUGAA